AUGGAAUUAUGGAAACAUGAAAGAGAAGCUUUAGAUGAAGACCUGAAGCCAUUUAGUAAUGUGGGUGAUGAAUGUCAAAUUGAGAAAAAGAGGAUUGUUGGGUUUCAUGGUGGUUUCAUAACUAUUGUAUAUGAAGGUCAAACAGGUAACUCACACGAUGUUGAUGGUGCUACGGAACUGUUUCAUGAAACCACCACCGCUACUUGGCUUUAUUACACUAGAGGUGUCUUGACUAAAAAUUUUACUUUUAAGGUUGGAGUGGAGUUCUACUUGUUUAAGCAUUUCAAAGAACCAAUACUUGAGCAUAACAUGUUGAAUGACAACAAAGUUGGAUUUUCUAAAAAUAAUGGUAGGAGAUGUAAAGUGGUUUGCAAGCAUACGAAGUGUGACUACACUGUGAGGUCUAGUAUAAUAGUAAGAACAACACCAUUGAAGGCAAAGACAUUGUUUUCCAAAUGCAAAAGUGGAAGAGUAUUCCUAAAAAAUAUCUUAGAAACUUGGGUUGCAAAAUUCAUUGUUGACAAACUCAAGAUUAACCAAGAUGAAGUUAUCAAAGGCAAUGUCAAAUGGAAUGAAUUCUUUAAGCAGCAGAAGUAUCCUGAAGCUAUUAAGCAUUACACCGAGUCUCUAAGAAGAAACCCGAAAGAUCCUAGGGCAUAUAGUAACAGAGCUGCAUGCUACACCAAACUGGGGGUAAUGCCUGAAGGUUUAAAGGAUGCAGAGAAGUGCAUUGAGUUUGAUCCAACCUUCACCAAGGGUUAUACCAGGAAGGGUGCAGUUCAGUUUUUCAUGAAAGAAUAUGAAAAGGCUUUGGAAACAUAUAAGGAGGGGUUGAAACGUGACGCCAACAACCAGGAGUUGCUUGAUGGCAUUUCAAGUAUGAGUGAGUUACAGCAGACAGUGGAUGCAGCUAGGGAAUUGAAGGAACAAAUGAAGAAGGAAAAGGAGAUGAAAUGUUGUGUUGAGAGAUUGAAGAAAAAGUGCAAGGAAUUGGAGGAUAUAGUUCAGGAUAUUGAGGAAAUAGUAAAAGCUUUGUAUAAAUGUUUAAUUGAUGUUAGGAUGACUCUUCUGGAAAUUCUUUCACACCACUAA